UCACGAGCAGGGGGCGGAGGCAGCGCGGCCGCGCUGCGGGAAGGGCGAGCGGGGUCAAAGGAGCCGGAGCCUCGCGCCGUUGGGCAGGAUUCAGCGUUCCCAUCCCUCGGCUCCGCCUGGCUGAGCCAGAGCUCUUCGCCGCUGCACUUUACAGCCUGGCACCUUGAUGGAAACAGAUGUUGAUGGUCGUCCGAGAUAUUUGUGGGGGUUAAAAGAUUUGAACUCCAGCUGAAUAAAACAAGGGCUGAAAAUUGAAGGAUGGCAGCAAAUCCUUCAGGACAAGGUUUCCAGAAUAAAAAUAGGGUUGCAAUCCUGGCAGAACUAGACAAGGAGAAGAGAAAGUUACUUAUGCAAAACCAGUCUUCCACAAAUCACCCUGGAGCCAGCAUUGCACUUGCAAGAUCACCUCUGAAUAAGGAUUUCCGUGAUCAUGCUGAGCAACAGCACAUUGCAGCACAGCAGAAGGCUGCACUGCAGCAUGCACAUGCACACUCCUCAGGAUACUUCAUAACUCAAGACUCUGCAUUUGGAAAUCUUAUUCUUCCUGUCUUACCUCGACUUGAGGCAGAAUGAGGAAUGUUGUUUGUCUCAGAAAUUCAAGAUCCGAUUUUUGUCCAUAGCAGGAGCUGUCUAACAUUUUAAUUUCUUCCUACUUUUUUUUCUGGGUUCUUGCAAAUGCCAUUCAGGAGUGUGAGCUCUAGUGAUGGGGAAAUAGUGUUGAAAAAUUUUUAUCCUGUAUUUCUGUUCCUCUGUCAGGUCAAAGUCAAAUGCAAAACUUUUCUUGGAGUUUGAAGUGCACAGGGUUUGCUCUUCCCUGUUUCAGUGCUUCCUUUAAAUAAAUGUCCAGACCACAGUCACCAAGAGAUGCACAAUCUGACAGCAUUUGUGUUUCUUUUUAUUAUGUUUAGGUAUGAUUUUUGUAAUGAAUAAUGAAAAUUAUUUCUCUCCAUCAAAACAGAUACGAAUUUGUCAAAUGCAUCAGCCAGUCUUCCUCCCCCACCCUCUCCUAUGCAGGAACAUUUCUAGUGUACUGUUUGCCGUUGUAGCAUCAUCUGGUCUUAAGUCCAUAGUUACAGUGUGCCUGCCUCUUACCCUGUUGUGAAAUAUGAAAAUGAAUUAAAGUGGGAAAAAAGCAAA